AUGGUCAUUAGUGUAGACAUUCUUAAUUGCAGUGUCAGGAAAACGCUAAUUGACCAGGGGAGCUCGACUGACAUUUUGUAUUGGAAUACAUUUAAACAAUUAGGCAUCCCAGAAGAAGAGCUCAGAGAAUAUCAUGAGCCACUAGUGGGUUUCUCUGGGAAACGAGUGGAGACUCGGGACUGUAUUGACCUGUACACCUCAUUCGGGUUAGAGCACGAAGAAAAACGUAUAAAAGUCACUUAUCUUGUAGUGCAUGCGAACACUUCCUAUAAUAUACUACUUGGUAGACCAUCCCUAAACAAAUUGAAGGCCAUAGUAUCUACUCCGCACUUGGCCAUGAAGUUUCCAUCUAAAAGGGGCCGAAUCGUUACAGUCCACACUGACCAGAAGACAGCUAGGGAAUGCUACUUUGCAAGCCUACGUCUUAAGCCUUUCCAUGAGAACAGCCGAGAUGUCAACAUUGUAUCCCCUCGGUUGGAAGAGGAGUUGGAUUUCAAACUCGAUCCUAUAGUGGAUGAGGGGUAUCGGGUUGAGUCCAAUGAAAACAAGCAGCCUUUCCAACUUGGACUGAAGCCCGAACAGGUUACUUAUUUGAGAGUCACUUCUGAUAUGCCCGGUAUAGACCCUGCAUUUCUCUGUCAUCAUCUAUCGGUUUAUAAGGGUGAAACACCGAUAGCACAAAAGAAAAGGAAGAUUGAUGGAGACAAAGCAAAAGCAGUAGAGGAGGAAACUAAUAAAUUGCUAUAA